GUCACACCCUGGCUCCACCCCCAAAUCCCCCCGGUAUUUCUUGAACUGGACUUGGCAACCCCCAGCAGCCACCGCCUCAGCCGCUCGCCCCGCCCCCUCCCCGCCCCGCCCCGCCCCCUCCCUUUUCCUCAGGGCCGCGGCCGGCGGAGGGCGGGAAAUUCGAGCGCCAUUUUCCCCGCCCUCCCGCCGGCUCUUUCAGGGGGAGUGUUUUGGCGGGCUUCCCCCCCCCCCCCCCCAGUUUGCUCCCCUCCCCCCGAUUUAAGAUGGCGCGACGAAGAGAGUCUGAGGAGACGGAGGAGGAGUUUUCAGACUCGGAGAGAUUGAGGGCUGCUGUGCACUACACCGUCGCUUGCCUCUGUGAAGAAGUUGCAGAAGACAAAGAGAUCCAGUUUAGUAAACAAGCGAUUGCUGCUAUUUCUGAAAUCACCUUCAGACAGUGUGAUACCUUUGCGCAGGACCUUGAAAGGUUUGCUAAGCAUGCAAAACGAAUUACAGUUAAGCCUGAAGAUGUGAAACUUUUGUGUAGGAGGAGCAAUUCAUUGCUGAAAUACAUCACACAAAAGAGCGAAGAGCUUACUUUGAAAAAAACGGAAGAAAAGGCAAAGAAAAAAAAGGCAUCCGGCAGAACCUCUGAUGAGCAUGUGGGACCUGCCACUGCUGACAGUGAAGACUCCAACAUGGCCUGACUCCUUUUUUCCCCCUCUGGCUGUCUCAGGACAGUGUCUGUCUUUUGUCAGACAGCAACGAAGUGCUGAUAUUGCCAUACACUGUUCCAGCAUCUGCUUGCCUUUGAGCAGGUCUCGUUGUGGCUGGUGUUAAGAAGGUGCAAUAUUAUGAGGGUGUUGGUUUGGUCGUUGAAAACACACAUGAGAAACGGAUACUUUACAGAAUUCAGGAAAGAGAAAUCUGUGUAAAUGGAAUAAGCUUUCAUAUUUUUGGAUUUCCCAGGGGGAAACUGUCCUUGAUUAAACUGUCCUUGAUUUGUUGUUCAGGCUGAAAGAACACUUAUUAGUCUUCAAGGAGUGGUGGUCAUGUCAACAAAUGCUUUGUUUAUAACACUUAGUAUUAUUAUUAUUAAUUUUUAUUUGUAUCCCACCCUCCCCGCCUGGGCAGGCUCAGGGCGACUUAGAUCCCCGUGUCUUCAUAUGUGAUUGAUUGAGCGAUUGUUACAAUCAAUGGCCAGCAAAAAUAAACACAAUAAACAUUAAUAUCCAAAA